GGUGCCCAGUGCUGGAAUGUCAGGCUGUGUGCAGUGUGAACCCUGGUACUGGGGGUAAACCGCUGCCAGUUCCCUGCCCAACAUGCCACGUGCUCAGGCCAGUGUGGACCCAGACCCCAUCAUCAAACAGUGUCCCAAGUGUGGCGUGUACAUCGAGCGCAACCAGGGCUGUGCCCAAAUGUUGUGCAAGAGCUGCAAGCACACUUUCUGCUGGUACUGCUUACAGAAUCUAGAUGGGGACAUUUUCCUGAGACACUACGAUAAAGGUCCCUGCCGUAAUAAGUUAGGACAUUCCAGAGCUUCUGUCAUGUGGAACAGGACACAGGUGGCGGGCAUCCUGGUGGGCGUGAGCAUCAUUGUGGUGGUGACGUCUCCUCUGCUGCUUUUAGCGUCGCCGUGUAUCCUGUGCUGUGUGUGCAAACCCUGGCGCAGGAGGAAUGAGAAGAAAAAGAAGAAAAAGCCAACAAAAGAGACAAAGGCAACAGAUUUGGCAGCGUAAUGUCUUCUCGAAACCACUGCUCUUAUACAGUACUGUAUUUCUCGCAGUCCUCCAUCUGCAGUACUGUAGCGCUGUCACAUGCCAAAAACCUGUGUCGUUCAACCAGGCGCUAAAGUGCCUCAUUUCUCCAGUGCCUGGUGUUUUGGUGGUUUUUUUUUUUUCUUUCGCCUUCCAUUAUAUUAUGCAAAAAUAUCCAACAUCAAGAAAGGAAGACAUGUCCAUGGCCUGUUUUCAAUCCAUGCAAAAUAUCUGUUCAUGUUGUGCCAUGGAAAUUGUUUUAUAUUGUGUUUAAGGAAAAUGAUGGCAGGGCUUUAACUGUAACCAGUGUGUAUAUAUGCUAUAUGAAGUAAGUUCUACAGGUUUGAUUGUUUCCCUUUGGGUUCCAGACCAUGGGUUCUGAUGGGUGUCUGUUUCACCUAGUGUAAUGUGUGUGUGUAUAUAGUGUGUGUAUGGAUGUGGAUGUCUUGUGUUUUUACAUUUUCUGUUAACUUUUUGGCAUCGGAUAUUUUGUAUUACACCAUAACAAUAAAACGAAUAUGAGGUACCAUCAA